UACCGGGAUGCCAUGGAGCAGUGCCACAGCUACAACGCCCGGCUCUGCGCCGAGCGCAGCGUCCGCCUGCCCUUCCUCGACUCCCAGACCGGCGUGGCCCAGAGCAACUGCUACAUCUGGAUGGAGAAACGGCACCGCGGGCCCGGCCUGGCCGCGGGACAGCUCUACUCGUACCCCGCCCGGCGCUGGAGGAAGAAACGCCGCGCCCACCCCCCCGAGGACCCCCGGCUGGCCUUCCCCUCCAUCAAACCCG